CGCUUAUUCUGCGUGUUCUCAUGUCGUCACACAACACAGUUGGCUCGUUAUGCAGCGAAAACGGGAGCUUCGUGAGCUCUUAACUGUCCUUUCUGAUUCAUCUUCUAUGUUGGGCAUCUUACAACGCACUCACCUCGAACUUGAGCACUUCGUUUUCGCCGAUGACGGAUCCGAAAUAAAACAUGUCCGUUCGUCCUAGCCCACGGAUCCGAAAUAUAACAUGUCCGGUAAGAGGGUCCAUAGCACCCAAAUACCCACUGUCGUUUCCAACCAUGCAACGCACACUCAUCUUCACCACACUCGUUACAUUGGCUACUAUUGCUGUGUCACAUCCGACACCAAAAUUAGUCAAAGCACGUACUUCUCUGGCUAAGCCCCAGAAGCUUAAUCCUAGCACAAUUGAUUAUGAUUAUAACCUCACUGAACUAAUUACACUUGAUAAACCUGACUCAGUCGACUUUGGAGAUACACUCGUGUCGCCUCGUCGUUCCCUCGAUUCUGAUGCACGCGGCGAAGCCGACCACAGCGACAACAUUAACAAUGACAUUCACAAGAGAAGCUCCCGCGACUCUAAGUCCUCCGUCUCUCAUUCAACCAAUGAAAGGGACAAUGGCGACAACAACGGCUACAACAUCGGCAACAACAACAUCGGCGACAACAACAUCGGCGGCGACGACAACGACAACGGUGACAACAACAACGGCUACAACAACGGUAACAACAACACUGGCGACUACAACAACGGCGACAAUGGCGACAACAACGGCGACAACAGCGACAACAGCAACAACGGCUACAACACGGGCAACAACAACAUCGGCGACGACCACAACGGUGUAGACGAAGGCCAGGAGGCUGGGGGCGAUGAUGACAGGAGGCGCAAGGACGUUGGAUCCCACCAUGUUCACGAGAGAAAGGUUUUUUACCGUCUCAAGGACGAGAAGCGCUACAACUAGGCAACAUAUCCGAGAGAGCUUUUGAAUUAGGAAAGGGUUGCGAGAAGGCGAAUUGAGUUUCAUACAUCAUAUAGCUACAGUAUCAGGAUGCAGCCUGGCUCGCACGAGAGUAGAUAAUUGAGUACGGACUCAACCGACACAGCAG